AUGGCGCUUCCCGCACCAACCAUCGAUCUCCUCCUCAACCUCAUCGACACCCGCCCGCAGUCCAUCCUCUCCUCGCUCGAGCAGCAUCCACAUCUUGCCUCAGCGCGCGAUGCACACGGCUACUCACUAGUCCACGCCGCAGCCUCAUACAACCAACUCGCCGUCCUGCGCGACCUAGUCCAAAAAUACAAUGCCGACGUCAACAUCCUCGAUGAAGACGGCGAAACACCCCUCUUCGCAUGCGAAAAGGCCGAAGUAGCAAAAUGUCUCGUAGAGGAACUGGGCGCAGACACCAACAUAAAGAACCAAGAGGGUCAAACAGCUGAAGAAAAGAUUGCUGAAGAGGAAGACGAGACACAUGAGGUAUACCAAUAUCUGAAUCGCCUGAGGACUGGUGAUGAGCCAGUUGCAGCAGGUAUUAUACAAACCGAGAGUGUACAUCCGCCGCCCCCACUACCCGAGGGAGUCAAGGUCAAUGUGGGAACCAUGGAAGAAGAUGCUGUCAAUGCGCCGGAUCCUGAGAUACGGAGGCGUAUUGAGGAGCUCGCGGCGAGGGAAGACUAUGAUUCCGAGGAGGUGCAGCAGCAGCUGAGGGAGUUGGUGCAGGACGUCGUAGGGGGUAUGGGUGCUGCUGAUGGUGAGAGGAAUGUUAGACCGAGGAUGGACUGA